AUGCAUGACUUUGCUAGUUACCUAAACUGUGGUUAUGGCACUAAAGAUGACGAUUACACCUGCAUCUCCUGUCCGGCCGGGAAGUUCUCCAAAGGCAAAUACGAGAUCUGCCGUCGCCACAAAGACUGCGACUCGCUGUACCGCGCCACCGUCCUGACGCCGGGGACUCUGGAGAGCGACGCCGAGUGUGGACCGUGUUUACCGGGGUACUACAUUCUGGAGAACCGUCCGCGUAACAUCUAUGGCAUGGUGUGUCACUCCUGUCAGAACGCUCCUCGAAACAUCAAAGAGUGCAUGCAGUCGACGCCGCCGUCACCGGGCCGAGCUCCCAGCGUGUCGUCCAGCAGCACCACCAUAUUCCCACACGCAGAGAAAGAUCCAACAGGACAAGGUCACCUAGCAACGGCCCUCAUCAUCGCCAUGUCAACCAUCUUCAUCAUGGCCAUCGCUAUAGUGAUGAUUAUUAUGUUCUACAUCCUGAAGACCAAACCGAGUGGACAAGCAUGCUGCUCUGGACAAAUAAUAAAGACAGUGGAAGCCCAAACAAACAAGCAGGAGGAGAAGAAGGAGGUUCAAGAAAACGUGGUGAUCUUUGCAGAAAAGGAUGAAUUUGAUAAGCUUAAGCCUUCAUCUCCAAAAACAGCAAAGAGUGAGAACGACGCGUCAUCAGAGAACGAGCAGCUUUUGAGUCGCAGCAUCGAUAGUGACGAGGAAGCAGCUCAGGACAAACAGGGAGCCGCUGACCUUUGCCUUCUGUCUCUGGUGCAUCUGACGCGGGACAAGACCGGCUCCACCAACCCCAUCAGCAACAACAAUAACACCACCAGCAGCAGAGCCACCGGGAUUCACAGCAGAAGGAAAAAGAUCCUGGAUUUGUACACAAAAGCCUGCAGUGUUGCGGAGGGUCUGAGUCCGACCGAGCUGGCGUUCGACUGUCUGGAGCGCAGCAGCCGCAUGCUCAGCGCCACCUACAGCACGGACAAGGCAGUGGUGAAGACGUGGAGGCAUCUCGCCGAGAGCUUCGGCCUGAAGCGCGACGAGAUCGGAGGCAUGACGGAUGGCAUGCAGCUCUUCGACCGUAUCAGUACGGCGGGAUACAGCAUCCCGGACCUGCUGACCCGUCUGGUCCAGAUCGAACGGCUGGAUGCCGUCGAGACCCUCUGUUUCGACAUUCUGGGCCCCGAGAACAGCGUCCCUCCAUCCAGCCACCAUCCCAAUCUCACCUCCCGCUGCGCCAGCGUCUGAGAGAACCCAUCCAGACCAGGGCUGCAGCCUCAUUUAUAAAGUGUUGCGCAGAAACCAUCCUAACCCAGGUU